GGCGACGACCGACGACCAAAAUCAAAAUUGGUAAAAUAUAAUCAACACGGAAGCGGGUCAUUCAUUAUUCACUGCCCGUCCAACGGGGCUUCGCCUCGAGUCUUUUUCUUCCGUCUCGCGUUUCUCGCCUAUCUUCGCCGUCGAUACUUCUCCGGCGAAGCUCUAUCGUCUUCUCUCUUCCUCCAUUUUAUCGUCUCUAGGGGUUAUGAUUCUUGAUUAGGGUUUCAUUGACGACCGUUUCAGGUUUUUUUUCCUUUGGUUAAUUAUUAGGUCUUCGAUAGAGAGAUUUGUCACGACAUGGCAAUGAGUGAGCGGAAGACUAUUGACUUGGAGCAGGGAUGGGAGUUUAUGCAGAAGGGAAUCACAAAAUUGAAGAACAUUCUAGAGGGUUUGCCAGAGCCUCAGUUCAACUCUGAGGAUUACAUGAUGCUUUACACUACUAUAUAUAACAUGUGCACCCAAAAGCCGCCACAUGAUUACUCCCAGCAGCUGUAUGAUAAAUACCGGGAAUCUUUCGAAGAAUACAUCACUUCUAUGGUCUUACCAUCCCUGAGGGAGAAGCAUGAUGAAUUCAUGUUGAGAGAACUUGUCAAAAGGUGGACAAACCAUAAAGUUAUGGUGAGGUGGCUUUCUCGUUUCUUCCACUAUCUUGAUCGAUACUUCAUUGCUCGAAGGUCACUUCCACCCCUCAAUGAAGUUGGACUCACAUGCUUCCGUGAAUUGGUAUAUAAAGAGAUAAACAGUAAAGUGAGGGAUGCAGUAAUUUCAUUGAUUGAUCAAGAACGUGAAGGGGAGCAGAUUGAUAGAGGUCUACUGAAGAAUGUAUUGGAUAUAUUUGUGGAGAUCGGGAUGGGGCAAAUGGAUUACUAUGAAAAUGACUUUGAAGCUGCCAUGCUUAAAGAUACUGCUGCUUAUUACUCUAGGAAGGCUUCCAAUUGGAUCCUAGAAGAUUCUUGUCCCGAUUAUAUGCUAAAAGCGGAGGAAUGCUUGAAGCGAGAAAAGGAUAGAGUUUCUCACUAUUUGCACUCUAGUAGCGAGCCAAAGUUAUUGGAGAAAGUUCAACAUGAACUGCUGUCUGUGUAUGCUACCCAACUGUUGGACAAAGAGCAUUCAGGAUGCCAUGCGUUGCUUAGAGACGACAAGGUGGAAGAUUUGUCGAGGAUGUUUCGUCUCUUCUCCAAAAUACCCAAGGGAUUGGAUCCAGUUUCCAACAUAUUCAAGCAGCACGUCACUGCUGAAGGAAUAGCAUUGGUCAAACAGGCAGAAGAUGCUGCAAGUAACAAGAAGGCCGAGAAAAAGGACAUAGUUGGUUUGCAGGAACAGGUUUUUGUCAGAAAAGUGAUUGAGCUUCACGACAAGUACUUGGCUUAUGUGAAUGGUUGUUUCCAAAACCACACUCUUUUUCACAAGGCUCUCAAGGAAGCUUUUGAAGUCUUUUGUAAUAAGGGUGUUGCUGGAAGUUCUAGUGCAGAAUUACUUGCCACCUUUUGUGAUAACAUCCUUAAGAAAGGAGGAAGUGAAAAGUUGAGUGAUGAAGCAAUAGAGGAGACACUUGAGAAGGUGGUGAAGUUGCUUGCUUAUAUCAGCGACAAAGAUUUGUUUGCUGAAUUUUAUAGAAAAAAACUUGCCCGAAGGCUUCUCUUUGACAAGAGUGCCAAUGAUGAUCACGAGAGAAGUAUAUUGACCAAAUUGAAGCAACAAUGUGGUGGUCAGUUCACCUCUAAGAUGGAGGGGAUGGUCACUGAUUUGACAUUGGCAAGGGAGAACCAAACUAAUUUCGAGGAGUAUCUGAGCAAUAAUCCACAAGCUAGUCCGGGGAUCGACUUAACUGUUACUGUUUUGACGACUGGUUUUUGGCCAAGCUACAAGUCGUUUGACCUCAAUCUGCCCGCAGAGAUGGUAAAAUGUGUUGAAGUUUUCAAAGAGUUUUAUCAAACAAAAACCAAGCAUAGAAAACUUACGUGGAUUUACUCAUUGGGUACAUGUAAUAUCAGUGGAAAAUUUGAACCAAAAACGAUGGAACUGAUUGUGACAACUUAUCAGGCUUCUGCCCUGCUGCUAUUUAAUUCCUCAGAUAGAUUAAGUUACUCCGAAAUCAUGACACAAUUAAACUUGGGUGAUGAUGAUGUUGUUAGACUACUCCACUCAUUGUCAUGUGCCAAGUACAAAAUUCUUAACAAGGAGCCAAGCACGAAGACCAUCUCUCCCAAUGAUCAUUUCGAGUUCAAUGCGAAAUUCACUGACAAAAUGAGGAGAAUCAAGAUCCCUCUUCCGCCUGUGGAUGAGAAAAAGAAAGUAAUUGAAGAUGUCGACAAGGAUAGAAGAUAUGCUAUCGAUGCUUCAAUUGUGCGUAUCAUGAAGAGUCGUAAAGUUUUGGGUCACCAGCAGUUAGUGAUGGAGUGCGUCGAGCAAUUGGGUCGUAUGUUCAAGCCUGAUUUCAAGGCGAUUAAGAAGAGAAUCGAAGAUCUGAUCACCCGGGACUAUCUAGAAAGAGACAAAGACAACCCCCACUUGUUUAGGUACUUGGCUUGAUCUUAAUCUUUUCAUGGGUGAGAGUCGUGGCCGGUGCUAUUCGAGAUAGCACGAAAGGCUCAUGUUGUAAGCGGCACAAUCACGAAUAUGCUACUGUAGGUAGCCUCUGUGAUUCGUGAGCCGUGUUUUCAUGAAAUGUUAAAACCAGGAGCCCGGUUGUCUGUACAUUUUGCCAUCCGAACGAGGUUAGAGGCAAGCGCUGUCACAAGGUUCCGUGUCUGUACUUCGGGGGGUGAUAAUAUCUGAGCUUUUUUUUUUUUUUUCUAAUAUAAAAUGGUCCGAUAAUUCUAUGAGUGGACCCUUCUUAGUAAGUGUAUUACGAGAGGUCGUGUCGAAAUUGGGAUGCAAUGGGCAGUGUCACAGAUGCAUUUAUGUGCUGUUUUAAUUGGAGUGGUUCUGUUCUUUUUAUUUUAAUUUUUUUUUUUAUGAAAUAUGCUUUUAGAUUUGUGGUUUGCA